CUGUUAGCGGUCAUUCAAAUGUUGUUCUGCUGUUAGUAAUAUUCGGUGUGUUUUAUUAAUUAAUUUGUUAUAGUGUUUUUUAAAACAAAAUAAUCAUUUUUUUAAUGAUUCAAAUAUAAAUAAACAAUAUGUUUUCGGCAGUUGUGUCAAGGCUCAUCAUAUUAUUGUUUGGUACAUUAUAUCCAGCAUAUGCUUCCUACAAGGCUGUGAAAACGAAAAAUGUUAAGGAAUAUGUUAAAUGGAUGAUGUACUGGAUAGUAUUUGCACUGUUCACAUGUGCGGAAACUUUCACCGAUGUAUUUCUAUGUUGGUUUCCAUUUUAUUAUGAAUUAAAAAUCAUUAUAGUAAUAUGGCUGUUAUCACCUGCUACCAAAGGUUCUAGUAUUCUUUAUAGAAAAUUCGUUCAUCCGCUAUUAAGUCGACGAGAGCAGGAAAUCGACGAAUACAUAAACAAAGCAAAAGAACAAGGUUAUCACACAGUACUCCAUUUAGGAUCAAAAGGUGUGAAUUAUGCAACAACAGUUAUUAUGCAAACAGCUAUCAAGGGUGGCGGAGGAAUAGUAAAUCAACUUAAAAAAAGUUAUAGUUUAAGCGAUUUAACGGAGAACGAAGUAAAUCGUAAUACAGAAACAAAUCAAGGAGAAACUGAGGAAACCGAUGGCGUAAUAAUUACAGACCCAAGAUUAUUACGCUCGGCACGUACACGAGCUUACAGUCCAAAACGUUCUUCGUCCGGUCCAAAUCGUGUUGACAUGUAUUUCCCAGAAGUAGAUGUAGACGUACGACAAACCCCACCACGAGAUCCUCACAUAAGUCAUAUCCGUUCAAGUGAUGAUAUUAGUUCUGGUUAUUCCAGUGCCGAAUACGUUGGACAGACAACAAAAACUGAAGCUAUUAUACGUGAAGGGGCAUUAAUUAGGACAGCAUCCGUUGGUGGAAGUACACGAUCUAGAACAAAGACAGUUAAAAGCUCACUAGUUGUAGCAAAAAAGGCUGCUCCAACUGAGGAAUACUCACAAGAUGAUAUAAUUCCUAUUGAUUCCACCACAUUAAUUUAUCUUUUACGCCAAGCAAACCUUCUCCCUCUAAUAAAUACAGCAAAAGUAGACAUUAACGAAGAAAAUGUAUUUUUUAAUUGUGAAAAUGAAUCGGAUUCAAGUGAUGUAUCAAAUAAAGAUGAAAGCACUAGUCAAGAGUACGAUGAUGCUGUAGAUUUCAAUGAACCGAAUGAAAAUGAUAUAAGUAAAGUCAAAUCGGAACCAGAAACAUCUAGUAGCAUCCCCACCAAACAGGAUAAUAUCGAAGUGAGUGAUCAAAACAUUAAAACCAAUAAUGAAAGAUCUGGCCGAUAUAAAAAACAUACAGCACCGCCACCACCAAUGUCAAAAAUAUCCCAAGAAAAUUUAGAAAAAAAUGAUGCAUUAAAUGCAAUAAAAGCAACCUUAACUCUCAAACAAGGAUUAUUAAAAACAAUCGAUUCGAAAAUAAAUACACAAAGAAAACAUGUUUUCGUAUCUUUACCAAAAAUUAGUAAAUCUGAUGAAAAACCAACAUCAAAUCGUAAGGAAAAUUUCUUGUUAAAAUUACACAAGAAAUUACCAUUUUGGUCGUUAAAGAAUAAAAACGUAACAAAUGUACAAAGUAGUUCGCUUGUAAAUAUCGAUCAAUUACAAUUAAAUAUUGAUAAGAUUUCUAAACGAUCAUCAUGGCAUGAAAUGGCCGGUUCGUUAAAUGAAUUUCCAAAUAAUUCAAAUAAUAAUAGUCCUACAUUACGACAAUCAAGAUCACAUCAAGAUAUUCGAUUAAAUAAUGAGACUGGAAGUGAUUUGUUUAUACGAAACAUGUCUGAGUCUCCAUCACAACGUCGUAAAAAUAUUCCAAAACAUGAUAGCAAAUAAUUAUUGAAUCUGAGUGUCCAAUUUUGCAACAAUACCGCGAAGUAAGAAGACUAGCAA